AUGGAGUUGAGAAAUAGCACCACAGUAAAAGAAUUUAUAUUUCUGGGACUGACUCAAUCCCAAGACCUGAGCUUGGUCUUAUUUCUUUUUCUAUGUUUGGUGUACGUGACAACUCUUCUAGGAAACCUCCUCAUCAUGGUGACGGUGACCUGUGAGCCCCGCCUUCACACCCCCAUGUACUUCCUACUUCGCAAUCUAGCCAUUCUUGACAUCUGCUUCUCCUCCAUCACUGCCCCGAAGGUCUUGGUGGACCUCCUAUCAAAGACAAAGACGAUAUCCUACACAAGCUGCAUGACACAGAUGUUCUUCUUCCACCUUCUCGGUGGGGCAGACAUUUUUUCUCUCUCUGUGAUGGCGUUUGAUCGCUACAUGGCCAUCUCCAAGCCCCUGCACUAUGUGACCAUCAUGAGUAGGGGGCGAUGCACUGCCCUCAUUGUGGCCUGCUGGGUGGGGGGUUUCAUCCACUCUGUCGUGCAGAUCUCUCUGUUGCUCCCACUUCCCUUCUGUGGACCUAAUGUUCUUGACACUUUCUACUGUGAUGUCCCCCAGGUCCUCAAACUUGCCUGCACGGACACCUUUACUCUGGAGCUCCUGAUGAUUUCCAACAAUGGUCUGGUCACGACCUUGUGGUUUAUCUUCCUGCUUCUAUCCUACUCAGUUAUUCUAAUGAUGUUGAAGUCUCAGACAGGAGAGGGCAGGAGGAAAGCCAUUUCCACCUGCACCUCCCACAUCACCGUGGUGACCCUGCAUUUUGUGCCCUGCAUCUACGUCUACGCCCGGCCCUUCACUGCCCUCCCCACAGAUAAGGCCAUCUCUGUCACCUUCACGGUCAUCUCCCCUCUGCUGAACCCCUUGAUCUACACUCUGAGGAACCAUGAAAUGAAGUCAGCCAUGAGGAGACUGAAAAGAAGACUCGCCCCUUCUGAACGGGAAUAG